AUGCCAGUAGCACUGACUAACGCCCGCCGCUUUGUCGUCGGCCUCGGUCUGCUCCUCCUCGUCGUCCUCCUCUGGACCGCGUCCAACUUCAUCACGAACGACCUCGAGACUGGAGAGGACAAGUGGCAGAAACCAUUCUUAAUCACCUACCUCAACACGUCGAGUUUCGCAGUCUACUUGAUCCCCGUUGCGUGGAGGUACUGGAAGAAUGGACGGAGACGGAGUCAUGAGUAUCGGCCGGUCCCCGCAGACGCCUCGCCCCUGACGCUCGUGCGCUCCAUCUCACCGUCACCUGACUCGACGACGUUGUCCGCGAUCGUCGACGAUGCGCCUGCGCCGCUGCCGAAGCUCUCUAUCCGGGAGACUGCCGAGAUUGCGGCCUGGUGGAGCGCGGUCUGGUUCCUGGCAAACUGGUCGCUGAAUGCGGCGCUCGCUCUUGCUUCCGUCAGCAGCGUGACGAUUCUGAGCUCGACGACGAGCUUCUUCACGCUCACGCUCGGUCGCGCGUUUGGCGUCGAGGACGUGACGCGUGCCAAGGUGUUUUCGGCUCUUGCCUCAUUCGCUGGAGUCGUCCUCGUGACCAAGUCGGAUGCGAUGAGCGCCCAUGUCGUCGGUGACAACAGGCCGACGCACCCGAUCCUCGGCGACUGUCUCUCGCUCCUGAGCGCCGCUUUCUACUCGGUCUACGUCAUCCUUCUCAAGGUCCGCAUCGGCGACGAGUCGCGUGCGGACACACAACUGCUGCUUGGAUUCGCCGGCCUGUUCAACAUCAUCUUCCUCAUCCCGGUGUUCCCGAUCCUGCACUACCUGGGCUGGGAGACGUUCGAGCUCCCGCCGACAUCGACGGCGGUCACGAUCUGCAUCAUCAACAUGCUCAUCACGCUGAGCUCGGAUUACCUCUACGUGCUUGCGAUGCUGAAGACGACACCGAUGCUCGUCACGAUCGGCCUCAGCAUGACGAUCCCGUUCGCAAUGAUCGGGUCCAUGUUCAUUCCCUCGGCACACACCGACAGUGUGACGGGGCUGAGCGUGCUGGGCGCCGCGCUCGUCGUCGGCUCCUUCCUCGUGCUCGGCUGGCAGGGGUGGAACGAGAGCAAGCAGCCGCAGGAGGUGCGCGGCCUCGGAAUCGAGGCGGAGGGACUGGACGCUUAG